AUGGGAUGGAAACUAACAGUCACCGUACUUCUUAUGGGGCUGGGUAUCGCCUACAUGAGCGGUCUCUUCAGCUCGCCGCCUGAUCCACCAGAGGUUGGUGACGGAUGGUGGGGACGAGGUGACAAGCCUAAGAAGGAAGAAGACACGUCAGUGAAAAGAUUCAACAUUCAUUUCCCAAAUGAGGACCUGGCAAAUCNUAUCGCCUACAUGAGCGGUCUCUUUAGCUCGCCACCUGAUCCGCCAGAAAUUGGCGAUGGAUGGUGGGGACGAGGUGACAAGCCUAAGAAAGAGGAGAAUACGUCAGUUAAUAGAUUUAACAUUCAUUUCCCAGACGUGGACUUGGCAAAUCUGAAAGAGCGCCUCAGGGGAACUCGAUGGUUCGAGAGCGUUGAAGGCACCAAGUUUCACUUCGGUAUCAAGCCGGAGUAUAUGAAGAAAAUAGUGGAUUACUGGCUGAACAAAUACGACUGGCGCAAAAAAGAGCAAGAGCUGAACCAGUAUCAAAGUUACAAGACAAAAAUCGAGGGAAUCGACAUCCACUUCGUCCGAGCUGUGCCCAGACUGAAAGUGGGACAGAAGGCUAAGCCCAUUCUAAUGGUCCACGGCUGGCCGGGUUCCUUCUACGAGUUCUACAAGAUAAUUCCCAUGCUGAUCGACCCCACUCGUCAUGGAGGGACCGAGGAUGAUAUCUUUGAGGUCAUCGUUCCUUCUUUGCCUGGUUAUGGUUUCUCAGAGGCUGCUCACAAACAAGGUUUAAAUGCCAGGGUCGCCGGUCGCAUAUUCCACAAGCUUAUGACUCGACUGGGAUUCGACAGCUACUAUGUCCAGGGUGGUGACAUGGGCGCCAUGGUAACGGACCAAAUGGCCGGCAUGUUCCCAAAUCAUGUCCGUGGUAUCCAUGUGAACAUGAUACUCACCCAACCGCCUGUGAGUCAGAUGAUCCUGGGCAGCCUGUUCCCCUCCCUGGUACUGGAUAACGAAGGCUACGCCGGGUCGCUGCCGAGCUGGGAAUCUUUGAAAAAGUGGCUGAUAGAGACGGGGUACAUGCACAUACAAGCCACUAAGCCAGACACAGUAGGUCACGCCCUGACCGACUCUCCUGUGGGGCUGGCCGCCUACAUCAUUGAAAAGUUCUCGUCCUGUACAAAUUACGACUGGCUUGACUUGGAUGACGGCGGACUCGAUGCUUAUUGGUCCAAAGACGACCUGUUAACUAAUGUCAUGAUCUACUGGGUGUCUGGAUGCAUUACGUCAUCUAUGCGCAUGUACAAAGAGACUGUGCCGAUCUCCGGAUCAUUGAGCAAUUUCUUGAAUACUGUGCCCGCCGGUUUGGCAGAUCUGCCGCACGAGGUGACGCGAAUACAGAAGAACUGGGCAUCCCAACACUACACAGACAUUGUCUCCUACACAACUUACCCAUCGGGCGGCCAUUUUGCAGCCUUCGAGGUACCAGACCUACUCGCCAAGGACUUGCGGCAAUUCGUGCAAAAGGUCGAACAUCGUCUGCUCAGCAAAACAAAGUAAUCUGUGAUGUGAAUGAUAGACAGAGUCUUUGUCAUGGGGGAAGUGGGAUGAUAUACGGUACUUCAGGGAAGAGUGAGUGCACUCUUAUGUACAAUGCUGACCAAUGAGAAUCGCGCUAGACAACGAGAAUAAAACGCUAAAACGAGGAUGGACGCAUAAUAUUUUUCAGGGGGGGUGGCAAAUUUUGGGCAUUAUUUGCAAGCUUUUUUCCACCGAUUUUCUGACGACUGUUAUUUAGGUCUUGUUCCAAGCAAUCUUGAAAAAGGGUAGUUCUUAAAAAAGCACAUGAAGAUUUCUGUCACUGACAUGCAAUAACUUAUAACAGUGCGCAACAGCGUUUUUAUUUUACUGAAUGAAAUUUAUGUCCAUCGUUGUCAUCAAUAACUAAGGAAAGAAUUUGAUAAAUAAAAUGUAACGUUUAGAUCUUGUUGUCGAAAAUGAGUUGUAAUGCUGAGGAAAGAGAACUGAAAGGCUUUACCCUUUUUCCUUUUUGGGACAGUUUGUCUCAAAUGUUUACAGGCUUAAAUGGGACAUGAAGAGUGUGGCACCUUCAUACACGUAUCAGAAACAAAAUGUGCAGCACACUUUACACCAGUUCUGUUUUCAGCAUAACAUGUACCCAUGCUCCACUAGGUUGCUAGUUACAACUGUUCCCAGUUCGUCCAUUGCAUGGUCUCAGCUUCGUAGUACCGUCCAGAAAAUAGCCGUCAGAUCUUCAAAUCAAACUGGUUUGUGGCUCCGUGUGAAUAUUACCCGCGUACGGUUUGCAGUAACAAAUGUGCCAAUGGCAAAUGGAUUCAUCCGCUUUCAUAAAGGCUGGCGGGCUGUAACGAACAUUGCUUCAGACAUCGUACGCUGGUGAAGCUAAUGCGGUAAAAUGUUUUAUAGUAAUGUAUCCACCAAAAAUUUUCGUUUAAAAUUCUUUUACGUGUAUGGAAAUAAAACACUAUGAAUUCUGAAUACAGUCGGGCAGACUGUCAUCUAUAAUUACCAUUUUGUCACUGCACAGCUAUCAAUAAAUAUGUUCAUGUUCUGAGUGACUCUUUUCCUACUCUGUUUUUCUCCCAGAUUCUCAAAAUACACCCUAAACAGGUGUAAACUUACAUGAAAUUCAGCUGGCACUUUCAAAUACAAUCACACUAAUUUCAUCACUGUAAGACGUAAUAAGUUGAUUGCCCAGGACAGCAUCACUUUUAGAAAAUUAAGACACAAGUUGAGCCUUGACAAACUUUGGACAUGUCCAAAGAAUAUUGAUUAUUGAUCUUUGAAUGCGUUUGCUGUGAAGAACUCCUAUUAGUCGCCCAAUUCUGUAGAAUAUGCUUAGAUUGAGGUAAAUAGUACAUUGGAAGGUGCCACAUCCCCGGUUACCCCAACCCCGUGGACAUAACCUUCGGUAGUUAUUCGCACUCUCGCGCAAAAAAAGACACCAGAUACAAGAUCUUCUGUUUUAUUAUUAUUUUUUUUAAUAUUUACAAUUUUGUUGAUCUGACACUAUAUAAAAUACGCCCGGGACUUUCGGGUUUUGAACGCAGUGGAUGCACAAUUUAAAUUGAACGUAAAAUUCUAAAGAUCCUUUCUGUCACUGCAGCGAUGACUGGUUCACGUUAUGGCCAGGAACUCUCGGGCUGUCUCACCGCAGAGUAGCCUUCGGGGCACCGGCCUGACUCUCUGUCGUACAACGGUCUUGAAUUGACCCCGAGUCUUGAGUUGUUCCUUGAGUUUCUGGCUAGCCCUUGGAUCGGACUGCUAGUCCAAUACCCACAGUAGAACCCUAUGUAAAUGAAAUGCAAACCUUUUCUGAACACCUAUCUGGUACAAAUGUUCGACAACGUCGAAGGCUGUAAUUAUACAGGAUAUUGUUAUUAUAGUAGUUGCAACCAUCAUCACAACUAUUUACAAAAGAAUGACCACUCCAUAUCUUGACACAGCUAAUAUUUAAAAGUGAUGCCACCAUAAAUCCAAUUUCUCUAAUACAUCUUCGUUACUCCAGUAAUCACUUAUCUUAAUGUAAAUAAGUGUAACCGCAAAAUUUACUGUAUUUUCAAAAUAAACUUACAGGUUGCGUAGACACCUGGUUCUUGUGGGAAG